GGAGAGUCCUUGGAGCGCGCGGGAAAGAGACCAAUAUAAACUGUGGCGGGAGAUUAGUUUUCGGGUCCUUGUCCAGUGAAACACCGUUGGUCGCCUGGGAAGUCAGUUCGUUCUCUCCUCUUCUCUCGUCUUGUUUGACCAUGGUGCGGACUAAAGCAGACAGUGUUCCAGGCACUUACAGAAAAGUGGUGGCUGCUCGAGCCCCCAGGAAGGUGCUUGGUUCUUCCACCUCUGCCACUAAUUCGACACCAGUUUCAUCGAGGAAAGCUGAAAAUAAAUAUGCAGGAGGGAAUCCCGUUUGCGUGCGCCCAACUCCCAAGUGGCAAAAAGGAAUUGGAGAAUUCUUUAGGUUGUCCUCUAAAGAUUCUGAAAAAGAGAAUCAGAUUCCUGAAGAGGCAGGAAGCAGUGGCUUAGGAAAAGCAAAGAGAAAAGCAUGUCCUUUGCAACCUGAUCACACAAAUGAUGAAAAAGAAUAGAACUUUCUCAUUCAUCUUUAAAUAACGUCUCCUUGUUUACCCUGGUAUUCUAGAAUGUAAAUUUAAAUAAAUGUGUUUAUUCCAAUUAGCUUUGUUGAACAGGCAUUUAAUUAAGAAAUUUAGGUUUAAAUUUAGAUGUUCAAAAGUAGUUGUGAAAUUUGAGAAUUUGUAAGACUAAUUAUAGUAACUUAGCUUAGUAUUCAGUAUAAUGCAUUGUUUGGUUUCUUUUACCAAAUUAAGUGUCUUGUUCUUGCUAAAAUCUAGUCAUUGCAUUGUGUUCUAAUUACAAGUAUGCUGUAAUUUGAGAUUUGCUUAAAUUGUUGUACUGCUGCCAUUUUUAUUGGUGUUUGAUUAUUGGAAUGGUGCCAUAUUGUCACUCCUUCUAUUUGCUUUAAAAAGCAGAGUUAGACUUUUGCACAUUAAAAAAAUUCAGUAUUAAUUAAACCUUA